AUGAACAGUUGUAAAGCGUUCAAUACUUUUUGUUAUAUUUACGGAAGGUAUGUUAUUAUAACUAGUCUGCGCAAAAUUAGUCCGGAUGUCGCUGAAGUGUAUCGUCAAUACUUUGAUCAAAGUGUUGUUUAUAAUGUAGACUGGGCCCCGUCAAUAGUUUGUACUGGAUGCUUAUUAAAGUUAAAUCAAUGGGCAAAGGGAGAAAUCGACUGUAUGCCUUUUGGAGUUCCAAUGAUAUGGAUGAAUUUCGAUUUACAUGAUGCAAAUCAAUGUUACGCGUGUGUCAAUUAUGUUUUCGGAACAAAUCGUAACAAAGCACGUAGUUUGCUAUACAAACCAACAAAAUUUGCUCCGUUACCGUUGCCGCAUUCUGAACACAUUCCGAUUCCAAAAAGAUUAUGCCCAACAGAACAAGUAUCCCUAACAUGUGAAACGGUUGGAGAAUCAUCUGGAUCAGUGUAUGAACCAUCCAAUGUUACUGCAGGAUGCAAUCACAUCGAAAUUUCUCAAAACCGUCUGGAUAUUAUGACACGCCGUCUCAAGUUGUCGCAAAGAGUCAAUUCUUUUAGCCCCAUAAACUCGAACCUCUGGUGCUAA